AUGAAUCUUUUACCAAAGAGUCAUAAAGAAUUCAGCGAAAAGGACUACUGGAACAAAUUUUUUAAAAAACGUGGUAAUAGAGCGUUUGAAUGGUACGGUGAAUAUUUAGAACUUUGCGGUAAUUUACACAAAUAUAUAAAACAGAAGGAUGCAAUCCUUAUCACAGGAUGUUAUGAAGCUGAAGAGAAGAAUUUUGAAAAUGGUGAUGGAAACUCAUUGCCCGUAUUUAUUGUAAUUGCUACCAAGUUCAAAGAAAUGCCUAAGUUGAUUUUAGAAGUAUGUAUGGCUGGGGACAAAAUGAUCAGGCUUAAUGCACCACAAGAACUCCAGGAUUGUGUGAAAUCGAUUCAGGACACCGCAUUUAUUACCAAUGGCCUUGCUAAGACAAAUUUGGAUGAUAAUGAUGAAGUUUCAUUGGAUCUGAUACAGCCCGGUGAGGAGACGCCCCGCUAUACUUUGUAUGUUGUCGACCAGAAGCGAUCUCAUUCUAUGAACAAGUAUGCUGUCUUCAUUGUACCACAGGGCAGAGAGUCGGAGUGGCUGUUCGGGACGCCGGCUGGUAGGCGACAGCUGCAAGACUCUGCGAAGUUCGGCCGCCUGGUGGUGGCGGUGCUGAGGCGCGGCCACCAGUUCCAGAGCCUCGACGCAGUCAAAGAGGAGUUGACGCAUUCCGCCAAAAUGCUCGUGCCCAAUGGGUUCUCUGGCCAGAUACCGUUCCUGUCACUCGGCAGCGACGUGGGCAAGCGAGUGAAGGUGUACGAGGGCUCAUCUAAAGUGUCCGGAGACUUUGUGGUCGAGGACGUGGACGUAGAAGGCGUCACUUACAGGCGCCUCGUGUUCCUCGACAACCAGUUCUUGGUGCAGUCGGAGGCGAAGCUUAAGACCGUGCAAAAAAAGGGCAAGACCAAGACGGUCAUCGACUUCGGCCACAUAUCCACGUACCACGCGUUCAUGUGCGUGGGCGUGGCCCUGGCGGCGGGCGUGGGCGUGGGCGCGGGUGAGAGGCCGAGCGUGGGCGUGGGCGUGGGCGUGGACGUGUGCGUGCUGGGCGUGGGCGGCGGCGGACUGUGCAUGUUCCUCAAGCGCUGGCUGAGCGGCGCGUCGGUGACCGGCGUGGAGCUGGACGAGGCGAUGCUGCAGGUGGCCACGCGCCACUUCCAGAUGGAGCUGGACGGGCGGCUGCAGGUGCGGCUGCAGGACGGCCUGCAGUUCCUCAGGGACGAGGCCGCAGCUGGGCGGCGGUACGACGCGGUGAUGUUGGACAUGGACAGCAAGGAUGCGUCCGUGGGCCUCUCCUGCCCCCCGAGGCAGUUCCUGGAGGAGGCAGCGCUAGCUGACGCCAAGGCCAUCCUCAAACAGGACGGGCAGCUGAUCGUGAACCUGGUGUGCCGGGAGGCGGCGCCGCGGCGGGCGCUGCUGUCCGCGCUGCGGGCCCUCUUCGGCCACGUGGCCAGCGUGCGGCUCGGCGAGGAGGUGAACGAGGUGGUGCUCGCCGCGCGAGGCCCCUUCAGCCCCGACGCGCUGGAGGCGGCCGCCAAGGGCCUCAACGCGGCCGCGCGCUCCAACCGCCUCGUGCCGCUCAAGUGCGUCGACCUCAAGGACUUCCUCCAGUCCCUCACUAUACUGUCU